AUGAACGAGUCAAACACCCCUUCAACUCCAGACACUGAGUUCUCUGCACCAUGUAGUCCUCCGCAAAAGAUUCAGUAUCUUCGAGAUACUCGCUCUGCGGCGAAAGAGAAGUUAUCACAGUUGACUUUGGAGGAAAAGGUCUCUCUUCUCACAGCAGCCGACUUUUGGAGGACAAAAGCCAUUCCUGAAAAAGGUAUCCCUUCGAUCAAAACAACCGACGGACCCAAUGGCGCACGCGGUGGUAUCUUUGUCGGCGGUACAAAGGCCGCACUGUUCCCCUGUGGUAUCUCCCUCGCAGCUACAUGGAACAAAGACCUCCUAUACCAAGUCGGACAACAUCUAGCGCAAGAAGUUCGCGCCCGAUCAGCAGAGAUGCUUUUGGCGCCGACGGUCUGCAUGCACCGUCAUCCCCUCGGCGGUCGAAACUUUGAGUCCUUUUCAGAAGAUCCACUCCUCACUGGAAAACUGGCGGCGCAGUACAUCAAGGGUCUUCAGGAUAGAGGCGUCGCGGCUACUAUCAAGCACUUUGUUGGAAACGAACAAGAGACCAACAGACUCACGAUAGACUCACUCAUCACCGAACGACCCCUCCGUGAGAUCUACCUCAAACCGUUCGAGAUUGCAGUUCGGGAGGCCAAUCCUUGGGCUGUCAUGUCUUCGUACAACCUCAUCAACGGUGUCCACGCAGACAUGAACAAGCACACACUCAAGGAUAUCCUUCGUGGAGAAUGGGGAUACGAGGGAACCGUUGUCUCAGACUGGGGCGGUGUAAACUCAAUAAUCGACUCCGUCGAAGCAGGUUGUGACAUCGAAUUCCCCUACUCCCCAAAAUGGCGUCUUGAUAAGCUCGUCGCAGCGGUCAACGAAGGUCGCAUCUCAAUCGACACCAUCAACCAAGCUGCAGAGAAUGUUCUCGCACUGGUAGAGAGACUCAAGGGAGGCGACAUGUCACCGGAGCAGCCAGAGCGCGAAGACGACCGUGAAGAAACACGUCAACUGAUCCGAUCAGCCGGUCACGAAGGACUCACCCUUCUCAAAAACGACAACGGCAUUCUUCCGCUAUGUCCCAAAAGUACCAAAGUCGCCGUCAUCGGACCCAACGCGAAUCGUCACAUUGCUGGUGGUGGUGGAAGCGCAAGUUUGAACCCAUACUACAACACCAUUCCGCUAGACAGCAUACGAAAAGCAUCACAACAAAAAGUAUCGUUUGCUCAAGGUUGCCAUAUCCACAAAUGGCUUCCCGUCGCUUCAGAGUACUGCACUGAACAGUCAGGCAAGCCAGGUGUUCACAUAGACUGGUUCGCAGGUGAUAAAUUCGAGAGUAACCCCGUUGUGAAGCAGCGUCGAACAAACACAGAUUUGUUCCUCUGGGAUUCAGCGCCUUUGAACCAGGUCGGACCUGAGUGGUCUGCUGUGGCGACUACGUAUCUGACACCCAAGACGACUGGAAAGCACACCAUUAGCUUCAUGAGCGUGGGUCCCGGAAAACUCUUUGUUGAUGGAAAAAUGGUUCUCGAUCUGUGGGACUGGACGGAGGAAGGCGAGGCUAUGUUUGAUGGGUCGAUUGACUACCUCGUUGACGUCGACAUGGAAGCUGACAAGGCUGUUGAGCUUCGUGUGGAGAUGACUAACGAACUACGUCCCAUAUCCAAGCAGAAGCAGUUUGGCAUCACGCACAAGUACGGUGGCUGUCGCAUUGGUUUUAAAGAACAAGACAAGGUGGAUUAUAUCCAGCAAGCCGUCGAGACAGCUCGCGAUGCUGAUGUCGCGGUUGUCAUUGUUGGUGUGGAUGCUGAGUGGGAGUCUGAGGGAUACGAUCGUCAGACGAUGGAUCUUCCUGCUGAUGGGAACCAAGACAGACUUAUCGAAGCUGUUGUCAAAGCUAAUCCACGUACAGUCGUUGUCAACCAGUCUGGUAGUCCGGUGCACAUGCCCUGGGUUGAUCGUGUGCCUGUCAUUCUCCAGGGCUGGUACCAAGGUCAAGAAGCGGGCAAUGCUUUGGCCGAUGUGCUAUUUGGCAUUGAGAAUCCGAGCGGCAAGCUCCCAAGUACAUUCCCCAAACGCAUCGAGCAUACUCCAGCAUGGCACACCUGGCCCGGCGAAAACCACAAAGUUCUAUAUGGUGAAGGCCUCUACAUAGGAUACAAGCACUACGACCAUGCCAAGAUCGAGCCUCUCUUCCCUUUCGGCCACGGUUUGUCUUAUACAACAUUCGAGUACGGCCGGCCAGAAAUCUCAACGAAGACCCUCACUCCCAACGGAGAGAUCAAAAUCACCCUCGCCAUCUCCAACACAGGAUCGCGUGCCGGUUCAGAAAUUGUACAAGUCUACGUUCACGAUGAAAAGAGCCGAUUACCAAGACCUGAAAAGGAGCUCGUGGCGUUUGAGAAAGUGUACCUUGAAGCUGAUGAGACGAGACACAUCAGCAUCAAACUGGACAAGUAUGCUGUUGGGUACUAUGACGAGACAGUUCCAGGAUGGAUUGCUGAAGAGGGAGUUUUCGAGGUGUUGAUUGGAGCGUCGAGUACUGAUAUCAGACGAUCGACGAGGUUCAAUGUGAAGGAGUCGUUUACUUGGGUAUUCUAG